UUGAUUCAGUAGUAACAGAGCAGACUGCUAUCAAGAGUGGCUGCAGCGAGGGAGAGAGAGAGAGACAGAGCGAGAGGACGAUAGAGAGAGAGAGACAGCAAGGAGACCGGAAGACACAAGUAAGACCGUGACAGAGAGAGAUAGAGUGAGAGUGAAGGGAGAAAAGCGAGGGAUUAAAGAGCUUUAGAGCAGUCACCUCCUGGCUAUUUGCCUGCUGACGCAAGCAGCCUCCUUUGUUUUUGCCAUCCCUGAUAUGACCCUGUUCAAGAGUGAACAUCGCAGCCCACGAUACAUGAGCAUGACCGGAGAGCUGAAAUCGAGCCGUUCCAAGACGGGAGGAGCCAAGAGGCCCAACAGCGCCAUGUACGGAUCAGAAUAUGACCUGGACUAUGACUGCUACCAGGAGGACUUCUAUGACAGGGUGUAUGACUACCAGCGCGUGCCCUCGGCGAUGCCCGCCGUGCCCCACGGCUCCAGCCUGCCCAAGCGCUCGCGCUCCUCCUCCAGCUCCACCAGCCUGAGACGCAGCAGGGACCGGCCCUCCUCCAAGAGCUCCAGACCCCACUCCUCCAGCAGGGCCAAACUGAAGAUGGAAGAGCUACAGACCAUCAAGCGAGAGCUGACCCUGAUUAAGGUUCAGAUCGACGGGCUACUGGAUAACCUGGACAGGAUGGACAGGCAGAGGCAGGAUCACACAGGAUCCCCACUGUCCAGGGAGGGCAGUCUCGGAGGCUCCCCCUACCACGCAUCUGCCAGCAGCCCUGAGGCGUCUCCACAGAGCCCCAGGCCUGGGCGCCGCUGUGCCCGGCGAGACAGCCCUGAGCUGGGGGAGGCCAGCGAUGACGAGCCCCACACGAUGCAUCAUCACAGCUCAGACCUGGAAGAUGAAAUGUGAGAAGGCUGUCACAGCUCCGAGACGAAGCUGGACGUCGGUGAUGUGAAACAAAGAGAAGGAGCGCCAAACAUGGAGGAAGAGCACACUACACCCCUGUCUUUUUUUCAUGUAGUUACCAUGCCAACACCAGCCGCAGAACACUACUAUAUCCCUACUACCCCCGUCAGCCCACCACCCCCCCUCUGCUGUGUGUGUGUGUGUGUGUGUGUGUGUGUGUGUGUGUGUGUCUAGUGUGUGUGUAUGUGUGUGCGUGUGUGUGUGUGUGU